AUGCUUCACCUCCUCUUCAUCCCCUCGGCACAGGCGCUCAACCCCACGGCCCGGUGGGGCCACAGGGCCGCCUACGUCGACUCCAAGCAGGCAAUGUACGUUGUCGGCGGCAGCGUAGCAGGCGCGGGUACGCAGAUCACCAACGAGGUCCUCGUACUCCCCCUCAACUCGUCCGCAACCUGGACUGACGGGCCGACCUCGGGCCUGCCGGCACACGCCUUCGCCUCGAUGGCGCUUCAGGAUGACACCCUCGUCGUCGUGGGUGGCAUGACGGCCUCAUGCGCCUCUGACGGCAUUGCCCACUCCCUUGACCUCUCAAACGGACAGUGGACUUCAGCGUCGCCUACCUCCCUUCAUCGCCGGCAUGGCGCCGCCGCGGCCCCCAUCCACGACGGGAUCAUGGUUGUGGGCGGUAUCGCCGACACGAGCACGUGUCACAACUCGGCAUCAGCAUACGCUGCGGCCGACACUUUGCCCGUUCCUGUCACGGACUCUGCCGUGUCCUCGGCCAAGCUCCCAUCCUCCCUGACGGGCACCAACCUCGCCGUCGCCGACUUUGCCCUUGCGUCCACCUCCGAGGCCGUGUACCUUGCUGGUGGCCAGGCUGCUGACGGCACGCUCGUCUCCCUCGAUACUGUGGGGGUAUGGACCGCCUCGGAUGGCUGGGUGGCCCAGAAGCUCAGUGGCGAGGUCCCUGCCGGUCGGCUGGGUGCGACCCUGGUGGCCCACCCCAGCCUCGACAUGCUGGUGCUCCACGGUGGCUCAGAGUACGACUCGGCAUCUGGCAACAUUACGCCGAGUCAGAUGCUCGCGACCCUCAACACCAAGACGUGGGAGUGGAGCCAGCCGGCCAACAUCAAGCCUGCCUCGGGCCUGGCGUACCACACCUCUGUCGUAACACCUUCGGGUGUGAUGAUCACCGCCUUCGGGAUGGGGUCGGAUGGUGCCCCGACCGCCGACGUGCACUACCUCGACAUGCGUUCCCAGAAUGCAGCCGACUGGGAGUGGACCAAGGACUGGUCUCCUUCUCUUCUGGGGCAGAACACCCCCCUCGCGGCAGCCGCGCCUUCGACUAAGAAGACGAACACGGCAGCUAUCGCCGCCCCCGUCGUCAUCCUCACCGUCAUCCUCUUGCCUCUCGCGAUGUGGCUCUGGCGCCGCCACCAGCGUAACAAGCGCAAGCGUCGCUUGGCGUCCCACUUCUCCUUCUCGACGCAGGAGGAUAAUGGCCACUUCAACAACUUCAACGGUGGGCGUACGGGUAACGCAUACCCCUCGUCUUCGUGGAGCAGCAACAUGCGUUCGGCAAUUGAGCGCGUCUUCCGCCGAGGCUCGGGCGCCGGCGUUGGUGACGAUGGGACUAUUGCGUCUCGUGAGCUUGUUCAGGUCUCGCCUUCCGAGCUGGUGAGCUCGCAGAACGAGAAGAACUGGGAGGAGAUUGACUUUGGUCUUGGCCGAGUCGACCAGGACCGCCGCGAAGCGACGUACACCAACCUCCCGCGUCGUGGUACUCCUCGUUCCUUGUCGCGUCGCGAUUCGUUCCAGCACCCCGGCUCGCCAGAGGUUGAGCCCUACAUGCCCGUCGCGUCCACAAUGUACGAUGACGACGCGCAGCUCAUCCAUCUCGACGACAGCCCGCGCCUCGGAUCUCCCCGCUCGGACGGACAGCACCGCCUCUCGCCCGACCACGAGCAGUCGCCCUUCCGCGACCGCGACUCUGGCAUGUCUGAUGCAGCGGCCGACGCAGCCACCGUUGACGACUGGAACGCCCUCGCGCGCAGUAUGGAGAGCCGGCCUGCUUUCCGGCCGCUCUCACCCUCGGCUACCCUCGGAAGCCACCAGCACUCUCCGGAAAUGUACACGCCCGUGUCCGCCGCCCCAAGCCUUCCGCCCAUGGAGUUUCCCAGCUCGCCCAUGAUCCACGGCACCAUGUCGUCUGUCCGCACCCAGCGCAUCCCCUCCACGCAGCGCUUCCCCUCCACGCAGCGCCUCCCCUCGGCCACGCACCAGCGCGUUCCGUCCGACUCGGCGUCGUCGACGACGCGCCACCUCGCUGGCGCGCGCCGGCCUUCGGUCGCGGGUGAGAGGCGUAUUAGCGCGGGAUCAUUCAACCGUAACCGAAACCCCAACCGCCUGUCGCCGCUCCGUGUUGUCAACACCGACGACCAGAACCAGUAG